CAGCAGCAGCAGCAGCAGCAGUGCCGUCCGAGUCAAGUGGGAAACAUACGAGCAGCGCUGCAAAAGAAAAAGUUAUGGUCGAUAGGUGAAAGGGGUGGAAGGGGUGUGACGAGAAUUGCGAUUGUGCACUGAGUUGCCUGUUCGUUUGUUCGUGCUAGCUGCUGUGAUAUUUCAAAUUUUACCUCCCCCUGCCAAUUGUGUUGCUUUCUGUGCGUGUGUGUGUGUGUGUGUGCCCGUGAGCGUGCGUGUGUGUGGCAAAAGGGGAGUAGGCAAAGGUUGUGUGGAGCGGCGCAGUCAGGACAUUCCGGGACGUUGGAGGAUUCGAGGUGAUAAGAGGCUGCCGUCGUUCGCGAACCGACCAGCACCACCGGGGUUCUCAAACCGUACGCACCUAAUCAGCACAGCCUGCAGAUUGGACACCGUACCGAUUACCGCCCCCCAGCAUGGAAGCGACGGCCGCUGGCUAUGCCGAUUGUUUCGGCAACGGCGGGCCGCAUCUCGUUGGCAUUGGCAUCGGCAACGGCAGCGGUGGACCCGGCACGUCGUCACAUCCGGCAACCGAUGGGCAGGCAACGAUCGGUGGCGGCAACGGCACGACCAGCGUCCAGUGGGUCCAGAGCGGUGGCGGACCCGUGUCGGUUGGCUCGAACGCCGCGAAGGAGGACCUCGGCGAUAUGGCCUUCUACAUGCCCAACUACUCGCGGGAAGUCCUAAAGAUGAUGUUCAUGAUGCGCUCGCACCACAUGCUAACGGACGUGACGCUCGAGGUCGAGCAGGAAACGUUUCACGCACACAAGGUCGUCCUGUCGGCCGCAAGUCCCUACUUUAAGGCAAUGUUCACCGGCGGUCUGAAGGAGUGUGAAAUGGCGCGCGUGAAAUUGCAAGGCGUUUGUCCAACGGCCAUGACCCGGAUCCUCUUCUUCAUGUACACCGGCCAGAUACGGGUGACGGAGCUAACCGUGUGCCAGCUGCUGCCGGCGGCCACCAUGUUCCAGGUGCCGAAUGUGAUAGACGCGUGCUGUGACUUUCUCGAGCGCCAGCUGGAUCCGACCAACGCGAUCGGUAUCGCAAACUUUGCCGAGCAGCACGGCUGUGAGUCGCUGCGGCAAAAGGCUAACCAGUUCAUCGAGCGUAACUUUACCCAAAUCUGCCGCGAGGAAGAAUUUCUGCAACUGUCUGUGAUGCAACUGAUAUGUCUGAUCCGGAAGGAUGAGCUGAACGUGCAGGGCGAACGGGACGUGUACGAUGCGGUUUUGAAGUGGGUAAAAUACGACGAAGACAAUCGAUACCCCAAGAUGGAAAGCAUACUGUCGGCCGUCCGUUGUCAGCUGCUAACGCCCAGCUUCCUCAAGGAGCAGAUGAAAAACUGUGCCGUAUUGCGCCGUGCGCCCGGUUGCCGCGAAUAUCUGGCCAAGAUAUUCCACGACCUGACGCUGCACAAACGCCCCGCCGUACGCGAACGGAAGCCCAACACCACGCGCAUGAUCUUUGUGGCCGGAGGAUAUUACAAGCAUUCGCUCGACAUGCUCGAGGGCUACAACGUGGAUGACAAGGUGUGGCUCACGCUACCAAAGCUGACCGUGCCACGGUCCGGGCUCGGGGCUGCCUUUCUCAAGGGCACGUUUUACGCGGUAGGCGGUAGGAACAAUUCUCCGGGCUCUUCCUACGAUUCGGACUGGGUCGAUCGAUACAAUCCGGUCACGGAACGGUGGCGCCCGUGCUCACCGAUGUCCGUGCCACGGAAUCGUGUCGGUGUGGCUGUAAUGGAUGAGCUGCUGUACGCCGUCGGAGGAUCUUCCGGAUCGGAUUACCACAACACGGUGGAAUAUUACGACCCAGAAACGGAUCGAUGGACACUUGUGCAACCGAUGCAAUCGAAACGGCUCGGCGUGGGAGUGGCCGUGGUCAACCGGUUACUGUACGCCAUCGGUGGUUUCGAUGGGAAAACGCGCCUAGCCUCGGUCGAGUGUUACCAUCCGGAGAACAACGCCUGGACGCUGGUGCCGCCGAUGCGGUACGGACGUAGCGGUGCCGGUGUAGCUGCACUCCAUCAGUACAUCUACGUCGUCGGUGGAUUUGACGGCACCAGACAGUUGGCGUCGGUCGAGCGUUACGAUACCGAGCAGCAGUGUUGGGAGAUGGUCGCGUCGGUCCGUAUCGCUCGCAGUGCUCUCUCGCUGACCGUGCUCGAUGGACGGCUCUAUGCGAUUGGCGGGUACGACGGGCAGGACUUUCUCACCAUCGUCGAAGUGUACGAUCCGGUUCGGGAUGUGUGGGACGAGGGUACACCGCUCACGUCUGGCCGAAGCGGUCAUGCAUCCGCCGUCAUCUACACACCGUCCUGCAUCUCCAGCUACAUGGAAGGCCUUAAUCUUGGCAGUGGCGAAGACAAACGGCAUGAUUCGGCGGGAACGGGUGGAGGUGCAGGUCAAGCGCCACCGGCGGCACCAUCGUCGGCCCCACCGCCACCUCCGCCACCAUCGUCACAGGGAACAGCACCCGGCGGUGCGCCCGCUUCACGUCCAAUGGAAGCAGGUGGAGCUGCCGACAGUCGAAUGGCUACGGGCGAGCAGGAAGAGGAGGAGGAAGAAACCGAGGGCAGAGAACCGUUUGCCAUGGAAACCGACUCUAGUCAAGAGGAAUGUGAUAAGGAUGGCACCGUGCACGACACGGGUGUUGGCAUCAGCAACAGUAACCACAGCAGCGUGCCUUUGGAGCGAGCUCCACCACCGGAAGUGUUAUCGGGCGUGCUGGUGGAACAUCCGGUACGUGCGGAGGUUCUUCCACCGUCGAUGCGGCUCACACGUCGCAUCCUUUCCUGUCGCCGGGGAAAGCGAUGCCCGGGAAAGGAACGAUCACCGUCACGAUGCGCCAAACGGUCUUCCUCCUCGUCGGCCCGCUACACCCUCACGCUAGAACCCGUUCCAUCCGCCCGGAAAGCUUCGGAAGCUUCAGUUGCAGGCGGUGGUGGUUGCAAAAGUAAGCGAAAAGCGCCCAUCACAGGCGGCGGCGUCGGCGGCACCAGUGGAACCGCAAGCGACGAUCAUUGUCCGCUGGUACGGCUUAAAAAGCGCAUCACCUGUUUUGUGUCCGCCAUUGUUUCACCUACCUCUUGUUCGGCCGCAUUGUCAUUGCCAGUAGCUAGCUCGGUAAGUGAAGAAUCCACCGGUGCAUCGACGGCGAACGAAGACGCCAUCGUGCCAACGGUGCCCGCCAUCGUACUAUCCACCCCGGACGAUAUGAAUGCCGUCGUUGAGCGUGAUGCUGAUCGGCUGUCCGCCGGCGGCUGCAACUCGCCUACUAGCUCAGCGAACAUCGUGCAGCAGCAACGCCACCAGCAGCUACUAAAAUCACCGAACGCAAAGUUAUGACACUCGUAAUAUCGUGCCCAUCGUCGUCUGCUGGAAGACAACGGUCUCCCACUGCUUAGGAGAAAAGUAUUCCAAUCGUUCAGUAGUGUCUAGGUGAAAGGUCGUGGCAACUACUGAACAACCCACGAUACCAAACCCCGUUAGCUGUCGAUCUAGAAUGAAUCUGAGUACCAAACCUCACUUACAUCCACGUGUGGGUGUUGAUAGGAUAGGGAGAGAGAGAGAGAGAGGGGGAGAAGGAGAGCUUAGCUUUCCUCUUCCGGCUCCCUGUGCGUGUAUGUUUGUGUGUGAGAACACAUUCCCUUGCAAGUAUGACGACGAUGACGGCCGCGAGAUCGAGAUAUAGUGCCAAGAGUGACAUACGUUUAGCCGAACGUCUCGAGUAGGGCGGCUCUAGGGCGAGUGGUUAGCUAGAAUUAUUUGUUGUACACACUCUACUUAGCGCAGCAAAACCUUCCUUUUUUACGUAAUUUGUGGACCGGGAAGCUAGGAACCCGGAUGGGGGUGUUUUUUCCAUGCUUUUGUUGAGAUGUGUUGUACGUCGUUCGGUCGGGAGUUACAUUUCCGGUUUGUCUUAUACCAUGUAUAAGACCGGUAUUUGUGUUCGGGACCGUGUUUCGGAUUAAUCUCGCGUUCGAAUGUUUGUGUUUGUGUGCAGAUCAAAGUAAGCUUCGCGAACGUAUUGUGUCAUGGUAAAACACCAGGGCACACGCGCGCACACACAAGAUUCCGGAAUGUAGCUAGGAAUGGAGCCUACUAGGAUUGUGCUAGUGUUUUAAUUUUAUUGCUAUUUUUUAAAUAAACACAAAAACCCCAACUGUAACUUUA